CAGAAGAAUAUACAAGAAACAUGAUGCUAUUUGCCUCUGGAGGAAAACAACGUGUUUGGGGUCAAGAAUAGGAAAGAGACUUAAAAAUGUUGUACUUUUUGCAUUUUGAACUAUGUAACGCUAUAUUUAAAAUGUUAAAAUGAAAAUAUACUUUAAGAGGAAUCUAAAUGAUAAUACUUAAGGUUAAUAAAGAGCCACUUUGAAUUGUUCUGCAGUUUUAUUUUCCUAAACAGUAAAGGUCUCAAGACUUUUUUUUUCUCCCCGGGUUCAUGCCAUUCUUCUGCCUCAGCCGCCCGAGUAGCUGGGACUACAGGUACCCACCACCAUGCCCGGCUAAUUUUUUGUAUUUUUAUUAGAGACGGGUUUCACUGUGUUAGCCAGGAUGGUCUCAAUCUCCUGAUCCACCCACCUCGGCCUUCCAAAGUGCUGGGAUUACAGGCAUGAGCCACCACGCCCGGCCUAGACUUUUUAUAGUCUUUGUUUUGUUGGUCUUUUUUCAAAAGAUAGCAACCAAAGGGUGCAUUCUAGGUUUGUACUGCCCUGUUGAAAUGGUAGAUAGAAACAUUCUAAUAGCAGAGCCAAUGUCAUGUAUUUGAUACCAUAUGGAAGAAAAAGGUUGUACGAUCUUUUCUUUCUUUUGUUUUUGAGACAGGGUUUUGUUCUGUCAUCCAGACUGAAAUGCAGUGGCAUGAUCACAGCUCACUGCAGCCUCCUGGGCUCAAGGGAUUCUUCUGCCUCAGUCCCCUGAGUAGCUAGGACUACAGGUGUCCGCCACAAUGCCUGGCUAAUUGUUAAAAUUUCUGGUAGAAACAGAGUCUUACUGUGUUGGCCGGGGCCUAAUGUUGGCCUAGCUCAAGCGAUCCUCCUGUGUCGGUCUCCCAAAGUGCUAAGAUAACAGCGAUGAGCCGCUGUACCUGGCAUCUUCUAAGUCCACUUGGGACAAGGGUUCUUGCUCUCACAAUUUUCAAGAGACCUCUAUAAUUUGUAUGAGUGAUUGCUACAUCACACUACAAACUGCUUUCCAUUUGUAAUUACUCAGCUUUUAGCUCCUUGGUAUCCACAAGAACUUUAGGUAUAUUUUGGCAGACAAGAAGAUUUGGACUGUAAAUGGGAAAUGAUAGGAAGAUAUACUUUGCAGGAUAUGAAAAAUCUGUCAAAUCACAUUCUUAAGAUAUAACCAAUUUACCUACAUAAAUAUAAUUGUUGAUUGCUAGUUGUGCAACUUGCUGUUGUUUGUUAUUUGCAAGAUUAAAUUGGUUUCUGCUAAUGUCAAGUGACAAAAAUAUAGAUAGAUAACACUAGCUCUUUGUACCAAAGUACGAAACAUUAGAGAGAACAAAGGCCAGGAGUCGUGGCUGGUACUAACUAGGUCUAGGUUAGAAAUGUAUGGCACUAAUCUGGGAAGGUUUUAUAAAAUGAAAAGAAUAAAGUAGAAUUUUGAAGGCAGAAAGGAAUGGAUUUUUGGAAGGACAUGUUAGACUUUCCAGGAAAGUGAUAGAAGUUUUUGCCAAGGUAGAGGAAGAAGUGAAGGCAGUAAGUUAGGAUGGGGAUUUUUGGUAGAGCUUAACACACGGAGGGGAAUGGUUCAGACAGAAUAUGGGAUUUGGAGUCAUUCAGACCUGGAUUUGGGCUUCAGUUUCACUGUUUCCCAGUUAGGUUGCCUUGAGAAAGUACCUUAAAAUAAUCUUUCUGUGUCUCACUUUUAAAAUUUCUAAAAUGGAGCUUCUUUUCUGAGAAAACACCAAAUGGCGGAUGACGCCGGUGCAGCGGGGGGGGGACCCGGAGGCCCUAGUGGCCCUGGGAUGGGGAACUGCGGUGGCUUCCGCGGAGGUUUCGGCAGUGGCAUCUGGGGCCAGGGUCGCGGCCGUGGACGGGGCGGUGGCCGAGGCCGCGGAGCUCGCAGAGGCAAGGCCGAGGAUAAGGAGUGGAUGCCCGUCACCAAGUUGGGCCGCUUGGUCAAGGACAUGAAGAUCAAGUCCCUGGAGGAGAUCUGUCUCUUCUCCCUGCCCAUUAAGGAAUCAGCGAUCAUUGACUUUUUCCUGGGGGCCCCUCUCAAGGAUGAGGUUUUGAAGAUUAUGCCAGUGCAGAAGCAGACCCGUGCCGGCCAGCGCACCAGGUUCAAGGCGUUUGUUGCUAUCGGGGACUACAAUGGCCACGUCGGUCUGGGUGUUAAGUGCUCCAAGGAGGUGGCCACCGCCAUCCGUGGGGCCAUCAUCCUGGCCAGGCUCUCCAUUGUCCCCGUGCGCAGAGGCUGCUGGGGGAACAAGAUCGGCAAGCCCCACACCGUCCCUUGCAAGGUGACAGGCCGCUGCGGCUCUGUGCUGGUGCGCCUCAUCCCUGCACCCAGGGGCACUGGCAUCGUCUCCGCACCUGUGCCUAAGAAGCUGCUCAUGAUGGCUGGUAUCGAUGACUGCUACACCUCAGCCCGGGGCUGCACUGCCACCCUGGGCAACUUCGCCAAGGCCACCUUUGAUGCCAUUUCUAAGACCUACAGCUACCUGACCCCCGACCUCUGGAAGGAGACCGUAUUUACCAAGUCUCCCUAUCAGGAAUUCACUGACCACCUCCUCAAGACCCACACCAGAGUCUCCGUGCAGCGGACCCAGGCUCCAGCUGUGGCUACCACAUCGGAUUUUUAUACAAGAAAAAUAAAGUGAAUUAAGCGUGAAAAAAAAAAA